AUGUUGACUGUCAAUAAAGGACUUCCACGAACAUCAAACGUACCAGGCAGCGGUCAAGCCUUGCCAACACAUGUUUUGAGACAUAGAGAUUAUAGAUUCGUGCGAGAGUGUCCAAGAGAAGAGCUACGAUCAGUUCAGAGUUGGAGACGUGCGAGGAGAACGCUUGUCAUGCCGCGACCGCCUAUGAGGGAUGGUGAGGAAGACAUGGUUCGUAGGAGUAAUGAGAGCUUAGAUGCUUAUUUCGCGAGACGAGAGAGGAGUGGUUUUAAAAACGGGGUGAGGAUCAGUGGUCGUGUUGGUUGUGUGUCUUAUUCUAUGGAGGCGUUUUUACACUGGCAAGCUUUGCGACAGCCGAUGAAGCAGGAGACUCAGAGCACCGGAUCAUUGGAAGAGCGCAACUCAGUUAAGUUCAGCAGGUUUCUGCAACUACCCACAGAAUUACGAUGCACGAUCUGGAAAUUGGCAGUCAACUGCAUCGACCCACGAAUCGUUCGCUGGCAUCCAAAAGCCAAGGGGAAUAGAGUACCAAGUAUCCUUCAUGCCUGCUUUGAGAGCCGCAAUGAAGCUAAAAAGUCCUACCAUCGCGUAGUAUGCAAUGACCCUGCAUAUUCAUAUGCUUCCGGCUCAGGAUACGCUCUUUUCAUCAAUUACGAUAUCGAUGUUUUGUACCUAGAUAUAGUCCCCAUUUCGGCACGAAAAUCUGGAGUCGUGGAAGAUGGCAGUACUUCAUUGCCGAUGGAGUUCCGCGAUAUAGCUUCCACUAAUCUUGACCGUGGACAAAUUACACAAUUGAUGCUCAGCGAAAGUUACUUGCAAUCGGCGACAGCAGGAGAUUCACGCCCUGGCUCCUACGGCCAAACUUCUUCUCUAUGUCUUAAAUUCCAAAAGUUGAAGUCCGUUACAAUAGCGGUCGACAGCGUGGUGCCAGACCCCUGCCCAGAUAAAUUCUCUCCGAAAAUGGCAUAUGACCUUUCAAACUACAACUGGUCACUCACCCGAUCAUGCCGACGAGACUAUGGGAGGAUGAUAUCCGCUUUCAUUGUGAAUUUAGAGGCGAAUCGACGCUACUCGCCUGAUGAAAUUGCGUACCUGAAGGCUGAGAAAGCUAGAGUCGAUACUGUGAGGAUCGUCAAAUUCAACUACCGCGAGCCGUCUCGCUCGACGGAAUAUUGCCGAAGGCAAGGACCCGAUCUUGUCGGAGAAGCCAUCCCAGUGCAUUUAGGUUUCCCCUGGAAUAUGAAUGAUCCUCCGAGACAUCGAUGA